GGAGGAAGAAGAAGAGGGUCGCAUUUAGCUGGCAGCGGUGAUGGUGGUCUCAUUGAUCGUGGCAACGACAAUGAUGACGAUGAUCAUACUGGUGAUGUCGAUGAAGACACAGGUGAUGAACUGCCAGAUAUCACAAAAUAUCAACAUGGCAUCUUUGAUUCGGCCGCUCCGCCCAAAACGGAUCAAGAACAUUCCAAAACUCAUGAUAAUGAUGAUGAUGAUGAUUUCGAAGAGGAGGAAGAUUUCGAUCAUAAUCAACCAAUUGAUCAUGAUGAUGAUGAUGACGAUCAUGUCGACAAAACACAUUCCGAAGAUGAUGGCACUGAAAUUUAUACCGAUAAUACUGAUGAAUCUAGCACUGGAUCGUCAUCAUCGUCUUCGUCUACUACCGAAAAACGACCUGGUGGCAUUAAUACUCAAGGAGGCACCAAUAUACACGAUUUGGAUACAAACAGCAUCAACAGUUUGCCACCAGAGACUAAAAUAAUCGAACAGACCACAGGCAACGAAGUUUUAAUCAUGAAUGCCAACGAUGACGAUAGAACGGCGAGCUUCUUUGCUCAACCAGGCAUUUUAGCAGCUGUUAUUGGUGGUGCCGUUGUUGGUCUUUUGUGCGCCAUUUUGGUUGUUAUGUUCAUUGUCUAUCGCAUGAGAAAAAAGGAUGAGGGUUCCUAUGCUCUCGAUGAACCCAAACGAUCACCUGCUAUGAAUUCCUAUGCGAAAAAUGCAACAAAUCGAGAAUUUUAUGCCUGAGAUAAUGCAGAACGACGUUAUUAAAAGAAUUUAAUACAAAUACAAAUAACAACAAACUAAUAUAACAACAACAACAACAAACACAAUAUGUAUAACAAAUUAUAAAAUAAUAAACAAAAUAAUUAACAAAAAGAAAUGGAUUUUAAAAUAAAGGAAAAAUAGCAACAUCACUCAUAUUUCUCUUUAUACCGAAAAAAAAGAACAAAAUAAUCUAAUGAAAAAAAACACAAAUCUUUUUUACAACAACAAAAA